AUGUCUCAACGUGGCCGAGGCCGAGGCCGCCAUUACGACCAGUCGUCUGGCUCCGACGCCCCGACGUUUCAUCGCGGCGGAGGUGGCGGAAGACGCGGUAGAGGACGAGACGGUGGUGCUCCACCGUCGUUUCCGUCCGAAUCGGGUCCCAGCCAGCGCGGCCGAGGUAGAGCCGGCGGUUCUGGCGUCGUCGCUCCUCCGCCGGUUCAAGGUUACGCUCCUCCACCUCCGGUUCAAGGUUACGCUCCUCCACCGCCGUCUCAAGCUCGCGCUUCUCAACCGCCAGCUCAAGCUUACGCUUCUCCUCCGCCGGCUACGGUUCAGGCUUCGUCCAGUUCUGCUCCUCCGUCUGCGGAGGCUCCGCUGAUAGCUGAGAUGGAGCAGAAGCUAACAUUGACGACACCUCCACCGUCGUCGUCCAAGGCCGUUAGAGUUCCGGCGAGGCCAGGAUUUGGGACGUUUGGGACCCGGAUUCAAGUGAGGGCUAACCACUUCUUGGUGGAGGUUAAGGAGAGAGAUCUCCAUCACUACGAUGUGUCAAUUACCCCUGAAGUUACUUCAAAAAAGACCAACAGAGAUGUGAUUAAACAGCUUGUUCAUCUGUACAAAGACUCACAUUUGGGAAAGAGAAUCCCAGCUUAUGAUGGUAUGAAAAGCAUUUACACAGCAGGGCCAUUGCCAUUUGUCUCUAAAGAGUUUGUGGUCAAGUUGGGUGAGAGAGAUGGACGUGAUGGGUCUUCUGGUUCCAAAAGAAAGGACAGGGAGUUUAAGGUGGCUGUAAAAUUGGCCAACAAACCCGACCUUCAUCAGUUACAGCAGUUCUUAAAGAGUAGGCAACAUGAGUCGCCUCAAGAAGCCAUACAAGUUCUUGAUGUUGUUCUUAGGGCCGCACCAUCUGACAAGUACACUGUCAUUGGGAGGUCUUUCUUUGCCACUGAGCUUGGGCCGAAAGGAGAACUUGGUGAUGGUCUCGAAUAUUGGAGAGGAUUUUACCAGAGUUUAAGGCCAACACAGUUUGGGCUUUCCCUGAAUAUAGAUGUAUCGGCCAGAUCUUUUUAUGAACCCAUUCUGGUGACUGAAUUUGUUAAAAAACAUUUUAACUACAGGGAUCUGUCCAGGCCUUUGUUUGAUCGUGAUCGUUUGAAGUUGAAAAAAGCCUUGAAGGGGGUUAAGGUUGCACUUGCUUACAGGGAUAAUAGGAGUUAUAGGAUCACUGGAGUGUCCACAGAACCACUGAGCAAAUUAACGUUUACUUUAGAAGAUAACAGAACCAGAACUUCAGUAGUUCAAUAUUAUCAUGAGAAAUACAAUAUUGUACUACAAAAUGUGACUAUGCCUGCUUUACAAGCUGGGAGCGAUUCGAAACCUGUUUAUUUACCUAUGGAGCUUUGUUCAAUCGUUGCUGGGCAACGAUACUCGAGGAAGCUCAAUGAAAGACAAGUCACAGCCUUACUACGAGCGACUUGUCAACGUCCUCAUGAGCGGGAGAGGAACAUAAAGCAGAUGGUUAAGCAAAGUAAUUUUAAUCGAGAUCAACUGAUCAAAGAUGAAUUUGGGAUGCAAGUAAGAGAAGAUAUGGCUCUAGUGGAUGCUCGAGUUUUGCCUCCUCCAUUGCUAAAAUACCAUGACCAAGGUCGUGAAACGAAGGAAACUCCACGGAUGGGGCAAUGGAACAUGAUUAAUAAGAAAAUGGUAAAUGGUGGAAAAGUGGAUUUUUGGGCGUUUGUCAAUUUCUCAGGAUUGAGAGAAGAUUUUAACUUCCGAUUCUGUGAGGAUUUGGUGUAUAUGUGCGAUAGCAAGGGCGUGGAUUUCCAUGCCCAACCUUUACUUCCCAUAGAAUCAGCCAAUCCUAGGCAGAUUGAGAAGGUGCUCAAAGAUAUUCAUAGGAAGUCUACUCAGAAACUUGAAGAAAUUGGUCAUAAGGGGAAGCAUCUUCAGCUGUUGAUUAUCAUUUUGCCUGAUGCCACUGGGUCUUAUGGGAUGGUCAAGCGAAUAUGUGAAACUGAGCUUGGAAUUGUGUCUCAGUGCUGUCAGCCUAGGGCAGCAUCCAAGCUUAGUAAACAAUAUCUUGAAAAUUUAGCCCUUAAGAUCAAUGUGAAGGUUGGUGGAAGAAAUACUGUUCUAAAUGAUGCCAUUUACCGGAGGAUUCCUCUGGUUACUGAUAUCCCCACAAUUAUCAUUGGUGCGGAUGUUACUCAUCCACAGCCUGGGGAGGACAGUAGCCCGUCAAUUGCAGCAGUCGUGGCCUCCAUGGAUUGGCCAGAGGUCAGUAAGUACCGAGGAAUUGUUUCUGCACAGGCUCACCGUGAGGAAAUAAUCCAAGAUCUGUAUAGUUUAUAUCAGGAUCCUCAGAAGGGUUCAGUUCAUGGAGGAAUGAUCAGGGAGCAUUUCAGAGCAUUUCGAAGAUCAACUGGCCGAAAACCGGAGAGAAUUAUCUUCUACAGAGAUGGAGUUAGUGAAGGUCAGUUUAGUCAAGUUCUGCUCUAUGAAAUGGAUGCUAUAAGAAAGGCUUGUGCUUCCUUGGAGGAGGGAUAUCUGCCACCAGUUACUUUUGUAGUGGUGCAGAAAAGGCAUCAUACUCGCCUGUUCCCUGCUGAUCAUAACAGACGUGAUCAAAUGGAUAGGAGUGGCAAUAUUCAACCAGGCACUGUUGUUGACACCAAGAUUUGCCACCCUACAGAGUUUGAUUUUUUUCUCAACAGUCAUGCUGGAAUUCAGGGUACUAGCAGGCCAGCGCACUACCAUGUGCUGUUUGAUGAGAACAGGUUCACUGCUGAUCAAUUGCAAAGUCUAACGAAUAAUUUAUGCUACACGUAUGCAAGGUGUACCCGCUCGGUUUCAAUAGUUCCGCCUGCUUAUUAUGCUCAUCUUGCUGCAUUCCGAGCACGAUAUUACAUUGAGGGAGAAUAUUCCGAUGUAGCCUCUACAACAGCAGGUUCAACAAGUGGGAGCGGAGGCGGCGGCAGCGUGCUGAUUCGGGCCCUUCCUCAGAUCAAAGAAAAUGUUAAGGAUGUGAUGUUUUACUGCUGA